AUGAGCUGCACUGUGGAGCCCUCUGCUGGAUGGAGGUACAGAUGGUUCAGAAGGACCCCAGACACCUCUGGAGUUGAAGUCAGAACAAAUAAGGAUGAAAACAGAGAAAUCACUGUGAGACAAGGAGGAAUCUACAGAUGUGUUGGUAUAAGAGGAAACCCAGAUAUCUACAGAUAUUCAAGCUCUGAGGUCACUGUUCGGAUAACCUUUUCCAACAAGGUUGUUGUGACUCAAAAACCAAACAGCUCUCAGAUGUUCAGUGGUGAGACGAUCACUCUGACAUGUGAGGUCCAGGGAGGAGAAAGCACUGAGUGGACGUAUGAAUGGAGGAGAUCUGGUUCUGUUAUACACAGCACACCCAGUAAAGACUGGCUUUUUAAUGUUUCGGGGCCCAGCAGGGAAAAAUCCACAUCAGAUAAACCCAGAGCCACACUGACAGCAGGUCCAACAGUCAUACCAUUAGGAGGCCAUGUGAUACUGAGCUGCUCUGUACAGACCUCUGCUGGUUGGAAAUACAGAUGGUUCAGACGAACCUCAGACACCUCUGAAGUUCAAAUAGGAAUAAAUAAGAAAGAAAACAAAAAAAUCACUGUGAGACAAGGAGGAAUCUACAGGUGUGAAGGAGUGAGAGGAAACCCAGACUUCAUCACAUAUUCAAGCUCUGAGGUCACUGUUCGGAUAACCUUUUCCAACAAGGUUGUUGUGACUCAAAAACCAAACAGCUCUCAGAUGUUCAGUGGUGAGACGAUCACUCUGACAUGUGAGGUCCAGGGAGGAGAAAGCACUGAGUGGACGUAUGAAUGGAGGAGAUCUGGUUCUGUUAUACACAGCACACACAGUAAAGACUGGACUUUUAAUGUUUCUGAGUCCAGCAGUGGAAAAUACACAU